UAGCACAAUUGGCGCACAAAUUGACGCGAUCUGACAGACGCCAUACAACGGUCGUGAUAGUGUUGUGCUUCAGAAAGAAAGAAACGGUAUCGGUACCAGAAUAUUGGAUUUGUCAGGUCGUAUGGGCGCGUUUUAAACGUUUUAUACACUGCGACUCUUUAGUCUAUGGAUAAUAAACGUAGGAAUAGGCAAAUGGAUUCAGACGUCCAUUCAUUUGUCAAGCUGUCAUUCAUUCAUCAUUUUUUGUCAAUUGAAAAAAUGUCAAAUAAUACGCUGACAAAAGAAAAAUAACGCGAGUGUUUAGCUGUUAUUAUAAAGAACUGCUGACUAAAAAUCACCUCAACUUUUCAUUGUGUGUAAAUCUGUUUACGGUUUUGCGACGCAGAUAAAGUUAGUAACUUGUAAUUCUACCACCGAACUUGUAUUUGCGAAGACCUUGUGCACAGUAGGUACGGUCAAAUUAUCGUCGAAAACAUGUGUUAUAUUUAAAGAAUAUCUCUCCACGUCGUAGUUUAUUAGCAAUAAACACUUUGUGAAUGUAGGAUCAGAGUGGGGGACCGUGAGCUUGUGUAAAUAAACAAAGGAAGAGUCGGUUCGAUCGUAUGUUCUAGACGUUUUGUUCGCUACCAUGGGAGGAUUUGUGUCUGUUUAGGGAGUAUGGAGCGUUUGUAUCAUGACCUAAACCUGGCCCUAGAGGAGAGUAACUGCGGCCGGCAGGAGCGACGCAAGUUAGGGCUUCGACGACGGACCCGCUCGGCAGGGAACCUGCCGGCCGCAGUAGCAGUAAGCCUUCUCACAGAAGACGGCAGCUCCAGCAGUCCUCCCCAAGCUCCGCUAAUCACCCAGCACUCUCCGACUCGGAUGACCCCCAACUCAAUCCCCACAAGGGGCUCAAGUCCCGGCAUUAUUGCCAAAUCGGCAACUUUGAGUCGGAUUCCUUCAAUGAGAACUUUUCACCUACUCGGCCUUCAAAUGCGAGGAGAAAACGGAAGUAUAAGAAGAUGCCAGUGGAGUAUGCAGAAGGAAACCAGUCUCCGCCAGUGGAAAUAUUGACUAUUACUACUGAGCCUAAUACGUCGCCAUCCACAAUAAUGCUGCAGUCACAAGGCCUGGCACCUCUGGUCUACAUGCAUCGCCAUAAAUCGUUUUUGAAACAUGAAAGGAAUGCUUUCUGUGGCAAAAGGAAAUGGUCGCACAGAGAUAAAGGGGACGUCUGCGAAAUGAGAGAGAGAUCAUUCAGCGGCGGCUGCUCCUCCAAAUCCACGUUCUUCUCCAAAAACGACUUUAAGUCGAAAAAACAUGAAGCAGACAAAAAGAGGAAAGAGCCAGUCUUACAACCCGGAAAAAUUGUCCUCAAAUCACAGAACACGGAAGGCACUAAACCCUCAAGUUUCACAAACACUCCAUCUCUGCCCGGGAGCUCUAGUUUUAACUUCGUCUAUAAGAACUCAUCUAAAAACGGUACCCCAACUUUGUCCAAAAUGACCGGAUAUAAAAUCACCACAGACUUGCCUCCAUUCUUCAGCCCGACCACAAGUACAGGGAAACAAUUUGACGGAAAGAUGUACAGGAAAUCAAAAUUUUUAAAUAAAAGCCAUCCGCCUAAUACUCUAAGGAAUCCAUUGCUGUUUGACGAUCAGAACAGUGGAAUGGACUGCGCUGGAAACGAGUCCAGUUCACUAAGCAGUAGCGACUCAGAUGGAGUAGUGACGAACGAUAGUGACAGAGAAGGUGAUGAUGAACUAACAGACUGGCCGGGGAUCGAAGAACUCAAAGUCUUCAACAAGAGCCUAACCUUCAAAUCCUCGAAGUCCGUGAACAACAACUCUCCUAAAUCGGUCAGUAAUAUGCCUCCACCAAAACGGCUGAAGAAGGAAAAGAGUCUAGUCAAAAGCGGUUGGGCGAGCUGCAAGAAUAGGUUUAAGAAAAAACGAGCUAAUGUAGACUCUGGAAAUGAUGACGACAUGAUGUCUGACUCGAAAACUGUAGUAGAUCUAGAAGACGGAAUUUUAAAAGAGAACAGAGAUAUAUUACAACCCCACUCAUCGUUUUCAACCUUCAGUGAUAUAAAAAACGCAGGGAUUUCAGGACAAAGCGCAAACGAAUCAUUCUUCCAGUCAUUUUUAGCUUUCCAAGAAAAAUCGGGCGACCAGGACGGGUUCCAAACGCCGCGAACGAAUUUUUCCUUACAAAAGACUUCCUCUAGUGAUUUAAACGUGAGUGAGAAGAGUCCGCAGAGCGAUCAUUAUUUCAGCGAACAUUCCAUGGGCAUAGCCACUGUGACCGAGGUGAGAGAGAUCCGGGCUGGCUGUCGGAGGAUCCGGGAUGAAAGACCGGGGUUCUUGAUCCUCAGUGCAGCCAAUGAGCAGCUGUCAAAGUUCCUUCAGGAUUCCUGCCAGUUGGAGCUGAAGUUGCCAAGUUUAAACGACCCUGAAGAAAAGGAGAAAUUAGAAUCACUAGCCAAACUGUAUUCACUGGAGCUGCAGGUGGAGAUGGGACGGCCAGUGUUAAGGAAAACUAGCAACACGAUGCAAGCCAUACGCGUAGAGCAUUCCUACCACAACUUCCCGUCCGACCACAAACGGCGCUGCUACGGAGAAGACCAAGACUCGAGUCUCAGUGACCCUGUCAACUCGAAUGAUGAAGAAAAAGACUUUGCGGAAGACUCAUUUUCGCAUUCAUUGGUGGAUCGGUCGCUGUUACAUCCAGGUGAACUUGAUUGAGAUUCCAACCAGUUUUCAGUCCAGGUUGUUAACCGGUUUGUUUAUGACAUCAAGACUCGAGUCUCAGUGACCCGGUCAACUC